GCAGAGCCAGGCGGAGAAGGAGCAGCGAGACCUGAUGCUGCAGCGCCACCACGCGGAGCAGAUCAAGCUGCAGCAGGAGCAGAUCAUCCAUCAGCAGCAGAAGAUAGCAGAGCUUCAGCACCGCUUCUUCGCCGCCGCCAGCUUCAACGGCAAGGAUGUGCAGCAGCAGCAGCCUCAGCAUCCCGGAGUGAUGCUGGUGCCGGUGUACGACACGAUGGCGAUCAGUGCAGCGUCUCCUGUCUCUCUCAUCCCGUCUUCCCACUACACGAGCCCUCUACUGGCAGGUGCAGGAACUACCUCAAUCUACCCGUCACCUCCUGGCGCACUUACAGCUCAGGUGUCGCAGUGGCCCGGUGUGCACGUCUCAGGUUCGGCGUCGGCGUCGGCGAUGAGCGCCCAGCCGACGCUGGGUAGCGACGACGUCGGCAGGCCGCUGAACCUCAGCAAGCCGAAGUCGGCAGCGAGCACGCCGUCUCCGGCGCCGCGGCCGGCGCACGAGAACUGUACGCCACCGCUGAUGCUGGGAAAGUCCAUCUUCCCCGCUCCCACCUACAUGACGAAUCCCUAUGCCGCCGCGCUCUCCCCGCAUAUCAGACAAGCAGUGCAUAACUCAGGAUCCCCAUCAGGCAUGAUCAACAUCAAAUGUGAACCUCAGCCAACAGCGACCUCUAGUAGCAACUGCAAGCCCUACCCGAUGCACCUUUACGCGCCUGCCAACUCGACAACGGAGCAAGCGGACGCUUACGGACUGGGUGGACAGAGUAAACUACUAGGUGCCAAAAUCAUCCGUACACAGAAGGAGAAAUCCGAGGGUGCACCACACAUCAAGCGACCAAUGAACGCGUUCAUGGUGUGGGCGAAGGACGAGCGACGCAAGAUCCUCAAGGCGUGUCCCGACAUGCACAACUCUAACAUCAGCAAGAUCCUCGGCGCGCGGUGGAAGGGGAUGUCAAACACGGAGAAGCAGCCGUUCUAUGAGGAGCAGUCACGACUCAGCAAGAUGCACAUGGAGAAGCAUCCCGACUACCGCUACCGGCCGCGGCCGAAGCGCACGUGCAUCGUCGACGGAAAGAAGCUGCGCAUCUCCGAAUACAAGAGCAUCAUGCGCAGCCGACGUAAUGACGUCAUGCCGUCGGCGCACGACAAAUCGCAUUUCUCAUCGACCACCACGGCUCAGGUGCACAAGAUGUGGUACGGCACGGGUAGCAGCCUUAGCUACGAGAGUCUGCUAGGCUCUGCCGCCGGGGUGACGACGGCUGAGCUGCUAAGUCGGCUGAGCAGUUCGGCGGCGGCGGCAGCACUGACGAGUCCCGACACCAGCUCCGUGACGACGAUGACGACAAUGAGCAGUGGAGACGACGAGAGCACGUCCACCUCUCAGAGCCCCCUACCGGAGGCGAGGAAAGACGACGACACCGUCGCCACAUCGAACGGAUAGGCGGCGCCACCGACGCACUCAGUCUGCUGCGCGGAGGCCGGGAGGGGGCAGCACCGGCAGCUCGACAUGCGGGACGGAAUACCGGGAGCAAAAUCAAGUGAAUAUUAUUAGAGAGAGGUCGACGGGCGAAUGCGAGUAUACGCGGUGGUCCAUGAUGCCGUUAGUUAGUGUUAGCUACCUCCUAUUUACGGUUAUUUAUACGCUGUGUUUGUAUGAACGGGAAACUCGAGUAUAAACUGUGAGUGAUGAAAUCCCGAUCUUGUAACAGUUAGAUACUUGUUAGGUGCGCGCCAGAUUUAGAGAUGGUACUGUGACAUUUAGCCAAACCUGACGGCAGGUGGAGCCACUACAUCGCUGGUGUAAUGAGGGCUGUGAGACCGGUGUGUGUGAGCGCGUGCGUGCGUGCGUGUGUGUGCGUGCGUGUGUGCGUGUAUGUGUGUGCGCGUA